AUGUUCGUCCGAUCGGAGACCCUGGAGCUGAAGGAGGACGGGGACAUGCUGGUGGUGCUCGGCUCGGCCUCCCCGGCCUCGGCGGCGCUGACCCCGCUGUCGUCCAGCGGCGACGAGGACGAGGACGAGGAGCCGGGCGCGCGGGGCGGCCCGGUGGCGGCGGCGGGGACGGCGGGGACGGGGGGCUGCCGGCCUGCGCGGCUGCUGGGGCCGGUGCACGGGUGCAAGCGGCGCCCCUCCCGGGCGCGGGCGGUGUCCCGCGUCGCCAAGACGGCGGAGACGGUGCAGCGCAUCAAGAAGACGCGCAGGCUCAAGGCCAACAACCGCGAGCGCCACCGCAUGCACAACCUGAACGCGGCGCUGGACGCGCUGCGCGAGGUGCUGCCCACCUUCCCCGAGGACGCCAAGCUCACCAAGAUCGAGACCCUGCGCUUCGCGCACAACUACAUCUGGGCGCUCACCGAGACGCUGCGCCUGGCCGAGCACUGCGGCGGUGGCGGCGGUGGCCUGCCGGGGACCCUGUUCCCCGACGCGGCGCUGCUGAGCCCGGGGACCGCGGGCGCCGCCCCGAGCAGCGGCGGGGACAGCCCGUCGGCCGCCUCCACGUGGAGCUGCAGCGACAGUCCCGCGCCGUUCUCCUCCGCGUCCCCCAGCUCCACCUCCCCGUACAGCUGCGCCCUGUCGCCCGCCAGCCCCGCGGGCUCGGACCCGGACUACUGGCAGCCCCCGCCGCGCGACAAGCACCGCUACGCGCCGCGCCUCCCCGGAGCCGCCAGGGACUGCGUCUAG